UUGUAUGUUAAGCGUCUGCUGUUUUUUACUGUUAACUCCGCAGGAAUCUCUUUCCAGGUAUGGCAAGACCUACCUGCUUCCAGACAAAGCGCGGAUGGGCAAGAGGAAGACAUCCGUGAGGAAGAGGACCGUGAGCCCCAUUUACAACGAGGUGUUGCGGUAUAAAAUAGAGAAAAUGGUUCUGCUGAUUCAGAAGCUAAGUCUUUCGGUGUGGCACAAUGACCCUUUGGGGAGGAACAGCUUCUUGGGUGAGAUGGAAGUAGACCUGGCCGGCUGGGACUGGAGGAACAAUAAGCUGAACUGGUAUAUGCUGAAACCCCGGGUGAGUCCCGUGGGGUGCCAGGAGGCAAAGAGCAGAGGAUCAGCCAAGGGUGGACUGGAGUACAUUCCCGAGCCUGUAUCCGGUCGAAAGACCCCUCCGUCUGGGGAGGUCCAUAUCUGGGUCAAGGACACCAAAGAUCUGCCCCAGUUACGUCCCUCCGGAGUGGACUCCUUUGUGAAAUGCUACGUUCUUCCGGACACCAGUAAAAAGAGCUACCAGAACACCCGCAUUGUCAAGCGGGACUCCAACCCGGUGUUUAACCACACCAUCGUGUACGACGGCUUUCAUACAGAAGAUCUGAAGGAUGCCUGUGUCGAGCUGACCGUCUGGGAUCAUGAGAAACUGACCAAUCACUUUCUGGGAGGUAUCCGGCUGGGACUUGGGACAGGCUCCAGCUAUGGGAUUGCCGUUGACUGGAUGGACUCCACACAAGAGGAGGUCGCAUUUUGGCAGGAAAUGAUGACCACGGCGAAUGAAUGGAUUGAAGCGUCCCUGCCUUUGCGCUCUCUGGCUGGAAAAAGGAAGCUGAAAUGAACAGCUGGCAGCAGCCCACAGAGGAACGGAGAACCGUUUACACAGAGAAGAGGGCCAAUGCAAAGCUGGCUGACCUCAGGAUUGCCUGUGCAAUGGACUUCGAAAGGACAAGGUAUUAUUACUCAUCCCAAGAGAGGACUGAGCGGAUUUUACAUCCCAGCUAGCUGAAAGACCUGCUGCUCGUCACCUCUCCAUCAUCUAGACCUUAGAUUUUAUUCGACUUUGGGUUUGUACCCAGAGAGCAGGGAAGAAAUUGUAUAAAUAUGUUUAUAGUUUAUUUUAUUACAGUGUCCAUGUUGCUGUUUCGUUUGUGCCUCCCCAUAGAGGAAGUUAUGACAAAACUUUGGCUAGUACAGCCACCAAUACACACAGUAUCACAACAAAGUUGAAGCAAACCAUGAUGCAAAUGAAACAUGAAAAAUCUG